AUGUUUCCAGCUCCUUUUGCUGCUACAGCUGGUUUUUUCAGUCACUCUCUUUUGCAAUCAUUGCUGGUAUUCCACGGUUCUGCACAACGGGUUUUCAGCUGGACUUCCAGCUGGUUUCAACGGGUUUCCAGCUGGUAUUUCAGCUGGUUCCUCAUGCCUUCGUUGCGUUUCGCUGCUGGCACUUAUGGGCUCAACUGGUUAUGCUUCUUGUUUUUUCCAGCUGUUGUUCCAGCUUGGGUUUGUUGGCUGCACCUUCCUGGUCCCAUCUCCAUGGCUUUAGCUUUAUGCUGGAUGUUUUUUGUUCUUUCAGCUAAGGUUUUUCUUUUUAUUUUUUUGCGGUUAUAUUGCGGUUUGCCUAGCUGGUUUUGGUUUUCUGCUGGCAUCUUGUUCUUUUGCGCCUACAGCUGGGUUUUCAAGGUUUCUGCGACCUUGGUUUCUUUUGGGGCUUAUCAGCUGAUCCAUUUUGGCCUUUCGGGAACACAUUGUUCUGGUUCUAGCUUCUUGCUGCGCUGCACUAGUUUUAACUGUGGGAUGAAUGUGGUUUUUAUUGGUUGUUCAGUUGGUCCUUUGCGCCUUUGGCCUUUGUUGUUGUUUCUUUGCCUUUUAUUUUGA